GGCCGCCCCGGGCUCCCCGCUGGAGGAAUCGCGCCAGGACGCUGGCCCUGCUCGCGGCUAGCCUGCACGCCCGGGCGCAGCGAGGAUGGGAGGGUCGCAGUCCUUGCAGCCACUCCCAGCCAGCGACCUGAACCUGGAGGCUUCUGAGGCCAUGAGUUCUGAUUCGGAAGAAGCAUUCGAGACCCCAGAAUCGACCACCCCUGUCAAAGCUCCCCCGGCCCCACCUCCCCCUCCCCCUGAAGUCAUCCCUGAACCGGAGGUCAGCGCCCCGCCACCUGUGGAAGAACCAGGAUGCGACGCUGAGACUGUCCCCGUCCCUGAUGGCCCUAGCAGUGACCCAGUGGAAGGACACCCUUUCCGCCCCCCAUCACACUCCAUCUCCGCCGUCUUUGAUGAAGACAAGCCCAUCGCCAGCAGCGGCACAUACAACCUAGACUUUGACAACAUUGAGCUGGUGGACAAUUUCCAGACCCCGGAACCCCGCUGCUCAGACCCCAAGGAUCAGGAAUGCAAAGUGAAUGGGCGGAGAAAGUCCACAGACUCUGUCCCAGUCUGUAAGUCCACCUUAUCCCGCUCGCUCAGCCUGCAGGCGGGUGACUUUGAUGGUGCUUCCUGCUUGGGCAGUCCCGAGGCUACAGCACUCACCACCGAUGCACACGGUUCAGGCUCAAACAGUGCUUCUAGUACCCUUAAACGAACUAAAAAACCGAGGCUGCCUUCCCUAAAAAAGAAACAGACCACUAAGAAACCCACAGAAACCCCCCCAGUGAGGGAGACACAACAGGAACCAGCCGAAGAGAGUCUCAUCCCCCGCGAAGAGGAUCCCGCAUCCGAGACAAACACGGAGCCAGCCAAGGUGGAAGAUUCUGGGACAGCCUUAGCGGAGGAGAGUCCCCUAGAAACUGCUGCUGUGCCCCAAGCUGCCUGCCCCCUGGACUCAGAAAGUGCUGAGGGGGCCGUCCCCCAAGCUUUGGGAGGCGGCAGAGUCCAGAACUCACCCCCGGUUGGAAGGAAAGCAUUGUCUUCUGCUGCAGCCCCCGAGGCUGUGGAGGUGACCCCAUCAGACAGUGGGGGACAGGAAGACUCCCCAGCCACAGGGCUCCCUGUGAGGUUGGAGUUUGACUAUUCGGAGGACAAGGGUGGUUGGGACAACGAGCAGGGAACUCCCCCUCCUAUCAAAAAGAUAGGCAAAAAGCCAGUUGCCAAAAUGCCCCUAAGGAGGCCAAAGAUGAAAAAAACACCUGAGAAACUCAGCAACACUCCUGCCUCACCUACCAGGUCCCCUGCUGAGCCCAAUGACAUCCCCAUUGCAAAAGGUACCUACACCUUUGAUAUUGACAAGUGGGAUGACCCCAACUUUAACCCUUUUUCUUCCACUUCAAAAAUGCAGGAAUCUCCCAAACUGCCCCAACAAUCCUACAGCUUUGACCCCAACACCUGUGACGAGUCCACUGAUCCCUUUAAGACAUCCUCUAAGACCCCUAGCUCACCUUCUAAGUCCCCAGCCUCCUUUGAGAUCCCGGCCAGUGCCAUGGACGCCAAUGGAGUGGAAGGGGAUGGGCUCAACAAGCCCGCCAAGAAAAAGAAGACGCCCCUCAAGACUGACACAUUUAGGGUGAAAAAGUCGCCAAAACGGUCUCCUCUCUCUGACCCACCUUCUCAGGACCCCACUCCAGCGGUGACCCCAGAAAGCCCACCAGUGAUCUCAGCGGUGGUCCACGCAACUGAUGAGGAGAAGCUGGCGGUCACCAGCCAGAAGUGGGCAUGCAUGACUGUGGACUUGGAGGCAGAUAAGCAGGACUACCCACAGCCCUCGGACCUGUCCACCUUUGUCAACGAGACCAAGUUCAGUUCACCCACGGAGGAGUUGGAUUAUAGAAACUCCUAUGAAAUCGAAUAUAUGGAGAAACUCGGCACCUCCUUACCUCACGAUGGCGAUGACGACACCCUGAAGAAGCAGGCUUUGUACCUGAUGUUUGAUGCGUCUCAGGAGAGUCCCGUCAAAUCUCCUCCAGUCCGGAUGUCAGAUUCACCGACGCCGUGUUCAGGGUCAAGCUUUGAGGAGACCGAAGCCCUUGUGAAUGCUGGGGCCAAAAUCCAGCACCCCAUCCCACGAGGGCUGGGCCCCAACCAAGAGCCUCACUCUCAGGUGCCGGAGAAGUCUGCCUCAAAAGAUCUGGAGACCAUUGCCUUGGGGACCACUUCAGACCCGAUUGAAAUUACAGCUCCGGAGGGCUCCUUUGUCUCUGCAGACGCCCUCCUCAGCACGCUGGCCCACCCAGCCUCUCUCUGUGGCGCACUUGACUACCUGGAACCCGACUUAGCAGAAAAGAACCCCCCAGUAUUUGCUCAGAAACUUCAGGAGGAGUUAGAAUUUGCCAUCAUGAGGAUAGAAGCCCUGAAACUCGCCAGGCAGAUUGCUCUGGCGUCUCGCAGCCGCCAGGACACAAAGAGAGAGGCUGCUCACCCAGCAGAUGUCUCCAUCUCCAAAACAGCCUUGUACUCACGCAUCGGGACCUGCGAGGCGGAGAAAGCCCCAGGUCAUCUGUUCCAGUCACCUGACUUGGACUCCGCUCUGCAGAUCGCCAGAGCAGAGAUCAUAACCAAGGAGAGAGAGGUCACGGAAUGGAAAGAUAAAUACGAAGAAAGCCGGAGGGAAGUGAUGGAAAUGAGGAAAAUAGUGGCCGAGUAUGAGAAGACCAUCGCUCAGAUGAUAGAGGACGAGCAGCGGGAAAAGUCUGUCUCCCACCACACCAUCCAGCAGCUGGUCCUGGAGAAGGAACAGGCCCUGGCUGACUUGAACUCGGUGGAAAAAUCACUGGCUGACCUUUUCAGGAGAUACGAGAAGAUGAAAGAGGUCCUAGAGGGCUUUCGUAAGAAUGAAGAGGUACUGAAGAAGUGUGCCCAGGAGUACCUGUCCCGCGUGAAGAAGGAGGAGCAACGGUACCAGGCUCUGAAGGUGCACGCAGAGGAGAAACUGGACAGGGCCAACGCUGAGAUUGCACAGGUCCGUGGUAAGGCGCAGCAAGAGCAGGCUGCCUACCAGGCCAGCCUGCGGAAGGAACAGCUGCGUGUGGAUGCACUGGAGGGGGCGCUGGAGCAGAAGAAUAAGGAGAUAGAAGAACUCACCAAGAUUUGUGACGAGCUGAUUGCCAAAAUGGGGAAAAGCUAACUUUGAACCAAAUGUCUGGACUUCACCGUUGCGUGCAAUAUGCCCGUCGGCACACUGCUGUCUCCCCAGCUCCACAGACAGGCUGUUUUAAGACUCUAUAUGCACUACUGUAUUUCCUUUCUAAACGAAGCUGGGUUGGUUAUAUGCAGUACUAAGAAGACGAUCAGAAUGCCUUGCUAUAGGUUUGCAUUUUCCUCAUAUACAUUCAUAGCAAGUUGAUCUCAGAAUUCCUGUAUCAGGGAGACUCUAAUACAGACACAGCACCAACCCUGACCUUGACUUUGCCCUUUGUACCUGAGUUCCCAGGGUGAGCGGCUUUGGGGUUUCUAGCAACAUGGACAGCUUGCAAAGGGACUCUUGCCUUAAGGAGUGCAAACUUGAUCUGCAAUUGCUGAUUGGUUUAAAAAAGAAAAAUGCAUGUUUCCAAUAAAAUUCUCUAUUGUAAAUAAAUUUUUUUUUCCCUUUGGAUCUUGGCA